UCCUCACCACCUCCCCUUCCUCCUCCCCACCCGCCCUCCAGACAGCCGGCUGCUCCAAUGAGCGCUUUCCUCUCUGCGAUCACCGUCGUUAUUGCUGUCACACUAAGCCUCAACAUGCUCGGCUCCGUCAUCCACCCGCUGCGCUUCUGGACCCGCGUGCUCGUCUUCCUCGUGAGCAUGAGCUUCUGCGCCAGCUACGGCGUCGUCACCUCCAUCAUCCUCUCCUUGCUCGGAAAGCGCAGUCUUUGUCAAUGGGUCGCCGGCCGUGCGUUCAGCACAAUCACCGCGCCGCUCCUCGGCCUCAAGUUCGAGAUUGAGAACGAGGCCCUGCUCCGCGACACCCGGCCUGCCAUCGUCGUCGCCAACCACCAGACUGAGCUCGAUGUGCUCAUCCUCGGCCGUCUGUUCCCCCGCCACUGCUCCGUCACCGCCAAGAGCACUCUCAAAUAUGUCCCGUUCCUCGGCUGGUUCAUGCUAUUCUCAGGAACCGUCUUCAUCGACCGCACGAACCGCGGCAAGGCCAUCAAAGCCCUCGACGGGGCCAUUGCCGAUAUGCAAAAAGCUAAACAGUCGGUCUUCAUCUUCCCCGAAGGCACCCGCUCCUACUCCACCACCCCCGAACUCCUCCCCUUCAAGCGCGGCGCAUUCCACCUCGCGAUGCAGUCCGGCUUCCCGAUCAUCCCCGUGGUCGUCGCGAACUACAGCCACCUCUACAGCCCAAAGAACCGGACGUUUGAGAGCGGGACACUCAAGAUCAAGGUGCUCGACAAGAUCGACAUGGAGGGCAGAUCGGCAGAGGAGAUCGAUGAGUUGGUGGCCUCGACCCGUACUAAAAUGCUUGAGACACUGAAGGAGAUCUCAAACAAGCCGGCGACUCCUGAUGCCGACUCUGAGACCACGCAGCUGUUGAGCAGCGACUCGACCGUCGUUGAAGAGGCAGAGACAAUCUCAGCGAGUCCCAAGAGUGUUGGCGCUCAAUAGUCGCUCGCUCAUGAUUAUGAAGGUCGGAAUCAUGUACAUACGUUGCAUUCUGAACAGAACUGUAUUUUAUCUGUAAUAAUAAUAACAAACAUAGCAA